AUGCAUAUUCACACAUUAGAGAAACCUCGUGUGUGUGAGGUAUGUAACAAGUCAUUUCCAGAAAAACAUACUUUAAACAAACAUAUGCAUAUUCAUGCAGAAAGGAAACCUCAUAUCUGUGAGGUAUGUAACAAGUCAUUUAGAUUCACAAGUGCUUUAAACAAACAUUUGUUUAUUCACAGAGAAGAAAGACCUCAUGUAGAAAAAAGUGCUUUAAAUAAACAUGCCCUAAUUCACACAGGAGAGAAACCAUAUUUGUGUGAGGUAUGUAAUAAGUCAUUUAGAGAAAAAAGUGAUUUAAGCAAACAUAUGCGUAUUCAUACAGGAGAAAAACCUCAUGCGUGUGACAUAUGUAAUAAACCAUUUAGACAAAAAAGUGAUUUAAACAAACAUAUGCGUAUCCAUACAGGAGAGAAAGCUUAUGUGUGUGAAAUAUGUAACAAGCCAUUUGGACGAAAAAAUACUUUAAACAGACAUAUGCUUAUUCACAAUGGAGAGAAACCUCAUGUGUGUGAGGAAGUUAAGGGGGAAGAGAUGGUUCAACUCGCAGGAACUGGUUUCGCUUCCCAACAGAACCAUCGGAAGAAAGACUUUAACCACGAACAGGUAAAGCAAAAUGAACCCGUAACAGCGUCAGCUCUAGUAAGUCUUGGGAAUUCAGUCCACUCAGACAAGCGAAAUCUGAGUUUUGAAGAUAUAUUAGACAUAGUGGAUCGAGACUAA